AUGUCUUCAAACAUUGCUCCAAGGACUCAUUCCUUCAGAGGAGAGAACGCCAUAUACUCUGAGAAAGACACCUUGGUACAGGACGCCGUCGUGAACGGAGCAUCCGUCGCAAAACCCUGUGCUCCUUCAACUACCUGUCGAGAACCUCUCCAAGACCGACUUCGAAGGGCUGUGUCACAUCCCCGACCGGAGGUUGCCUCUUCCGCUCUCGAGCGCAUGGCAAUCGACUCUGAGAACAUGCGUGUCCGUAUUUGUGCUUGUGACGGAAAAGCGGUCGCUGGAAAAGCGGCUGCUGUGGGAGCUGGUGUCAGUGCUGCAGUGGCUCCCGCGGCUGCUCCAGGAGUAGUCGGGUUAGUAGGGUUUGGGGGGAAUGGGGUCGUUGCAGGAUCAUGGGCGGCCGGGGUUCAAAGUGGUAUAGGGAGCGUCGCUGCGGGUUCACCCUUCGCGGUAGCACAGAGUGUCGGUGCAGGCGGUGCACUACCCGUCGUAGGGAUCGUUAUAGCUGCAGCUGCCGGUGCAGUCGUCAUCGGCGGAGUCAGUUACGGUGUCUAUCUCGUUGUCAAGAGUCGUAAGAACGGGAAGAAGAAUACGGAGGGGUAUGUUGUGCUGUGUGAGAAGUGUGGAGGCAUGAAGAGAAAGACGGGUUGAUGAGGUAGAUUAGAGCUCCGAGGUCUCGGUCAUCUAUCGCUCUUCCAGCUGCAGGCUUUGUUCACGAGUUACGUCCAAAGAUUCUAUAUAUUCAU